AUGCAGGCCAUAAAGUGUGUGGUGGUGGGAGAUGGAGCCGUGGGCAAGACCUGCCUGCUCAUCAGCUACACCACCAACGCCUUCCCGGGAGAGUACAUCCCCACCGUGUUUGACAACUAUUCAGCCAAUGUGAUGGUGGACAGCAAGCCCGUGAACCUGGGGCUGUGGGACACGGCAGGGCAGGAGGACUACGACCGCCUCCGGCCGCUCUCCUACCCGCAGACGGACGUCUUCCUCAUCUGCUUCUCCCUUGUCAGCCCAGCCUCCUAUGAGAAUGUCCGGGCUAAGUGGUUCCCGGAGGUGCGGCAUCACUGCCCCAGCACGCCCAUCAUCCUGGUGGGCACCAAGCUGGACUUGCGGGACGACAAGGACACCAUCGAGAAGCUGAAGGAGAAGAAGCUGGCGCCUAUUACUUACCCGCAGGGCCUGGCGCUGGCCAAGGAGAUCGACUCAGUGAAAUACCUGGAGUGCUCAGCCCUCACCCAGAGAGGCCUGAAAACCGUCUUUGACGAGGCGAUCCGGGCUGUCCUGUGCCCCCAGCCCACGCGGCCACAGAAGCGGCCCUGCAGCAUCCUCUAGGGGACACACCCAGCCCUCCCAGCCAGAUGGUUCUGACCCUCCAGGGCCCCCACCCAAAGCUCCAUGGCACCCCCGCUGGCCAUGCUGUUCUCUU